AUGAAUUCCUUUCUAUUCGAUCCCUGCGACACAUUAAAUUGCGAAAACUGUUUCCAACUCUCAAAUUUAAAUUUACUGAAGAGCAAAAUCUUCAGUCAAACCAGAAAGAAUGAGACUUUGAAAAUCAGUGAGCCGAGAUAUUGCUCAAAAGUUUUGCAUGGAAAUUGGUUCGAGGAGCGCGCUCAAUACAAACCCCCGCCGGAUGAAUGGGAGAGCUCUUACAAUGCCCUCUUCAAACCCCACAGCAACGAGAAUUUCAAUAUUACCUUAGAGACUCGCAAGGCUGCAAACGAGUUCAAAGAGAGGAGUAAAGGAGUGAGUCGUGAAGAACUCUUAGAACAUCAUGGGGAUGCCUACCACAAUAAUUUUUCUACUGCCUAUGAUCUGAGUUAUAGAGUGCUUCCGACUGGUUUGAAUGGACCCCCUCAGCGAAAAUAUAAUGCAUGCAAGAGAAUGUACGUUCCUGAGCAAGACCUCUCAAAAAAUUUCGGCAAUCAAUACGGCUAUGGCUACAAAGAAUACAUCCAACGAAGGGACGAAGAACUCGUUCAAGAAGCGAAGGAUCUUCCUCGCAGCCACUACCGAUGUGAUUACACUAAAAAAAAGAUACCCAACGAUAAAAGGUAUCCUCGGAAACGCGCUGAUAUGAAUAAACCAGAUCUACGUCACCUGAAUAUCGAUUUGGAUACCAAAUGGGGUCGUCAGUUUACUCAUGGGUAUCACAGACUCAAUAUUCUACAAGAGAAGAUUCAUGGAUUAAAACACUGAGACAACAGAUUCUUAUUAAAAAAAAAAACUUUAUUCAAUGGAUUCCCUCAAUAACACGAGUCAUUCAGAUUAAGUAAGGGCGCCACGCAGGGACGCAUGAGAAACAAAAUGUGUAUCUGAUAUUUGUACGAGUUGUAACGAAAUUCAUGAUACAUAAUUAUUAAUUUAUUCAAUACAAUGUCUUCAUCAAAGGUCGACUUGGCGGCGUAGAAAAUAUUUUUAAAAAUUGUAAUAUAACAAAAGUCUUCACACCAUUCUCAUUAGUAUGCGGAAGCACUGUAGUACUGAAUAUAUCG